AUGCCUAGUUUAGGAGGACUGUUGAAGAAGCGGCGAACUAAGGAUUCGCAGACCCUCUCUAAAGAGCUUGAAGCCGGUUCGGCCCAGACGCAGACGUCACCAAACGCUGCCGAAGACGACCACAACCACAACCACCACCACCACCACAACCCUCUUCACUAUCUCACUCACCACCACCACAAUAACCCCGACCACCACCAGCAGCAAAAUCAGCAGCAAAACCAGCAAGAGCACCAGCAACCUGCCUCCAAUUCCGCCACUACCGCUGACCCCGCAAAUCAGCCGCAAAAUUCGGCCGCCAACCAGCUCAACCGCUCUUCCACAGCCGAUCAAUCCAACGAGGGUCAACCAGUCUCCAUGCAAUCUACCGUGUCGCAAGCGUCGCCUUCUCAACACACCUCCGGUGUUUCACAGUCCAAUGUCAAUGCCGCCAGCAUACAGAACAUAAUUCACUCCUCUCAGCAGGGCUCAACGCACUCUGGCUCCGGCAGCCAGGCGCAGGGUCAAUCAGCCAAUCGCAAUGAUGCUCGUACCACCAAGGGAAAAUACUCCCUAGAUGACUUCAUCUUGCAGCGCACAUUGGGAACCGGCAGUUUUGGUCGUGUUCAUCUAGUGCAGUCCAAGCACAACCAUCGCUUCUAUGCCAUCAAGGUGUUGAAGAAGGCGCAGGUGGUCAAGAUGAAGCAAAUCGAGCACACCAACGACGAGCGUCGUAUGCUGAACCGGGUCAGGCAUCCGUUCCUGAUCACUCUCUGGGGUACCUGGCAAGAUUCGCGCAACCUGUAUAUGGUCAUGGACUUUGUAGAGGGUGGUGAACUUUUCAGUUUGCUGCGCAAGUCCCAGCGGUUUCCCAAUCCUGUCGCUAAGUUCUACGCCGCUGAGGUGACCCUUGCCCUGGAGUACCUCCACUCUCAGCAGAUCAUCUACCGAGACCUCAAGCCCGAGAAUUUGCUUCUGGAUCGGCACGGACACUUGAAGAUCACCGAUUUUGGUUUCGCGAAGGAGGUUCCUGACAUCACAUGGACCCUUUGUGGAACUCCCGAUUACUUGGCCCCGGAAGUCGUGUCUUCCAAGGGCUACAACAAAUCCGUGGACUGGUGGUCAUUGGGAAUUUUGAUCUUUGAGAUGCUCUGCGGUUUCACACCUUUCUGGGACAGCGGCUCCCCUGUGAAGAUCUAUGAGAACAUCCUGCGAGGCAGAGUCAAGUACCCGCCUUACCUGCAUCCCGAUGCCGUCGAUUUGCUAUCGCAGCUCAUCACAGCGGACCUCACCAAGCGUCUGGGUAACCUUCAUGGAGGCUCUGAGGAUGUCAAGAACCAUCCCUGGUUCGCCGAGGUUACCUGGGACCGCCUGGCUCGGAAGGAUAUCGAUGCUCCUUAUGUGCCGCCCAUCCGGGGCGGGCAAGGUGACGCCAGCCAGUACGACCGGUAUCCCGAGGAGACGGAACAGUACGGCAUGGGUGGAGAAGACCCUCACGGUCAUCUUUUCCCCGACUUCUAA